AUAAAUUCCUGCUGGGUCUCCAUUCCGGGCUCUUCCGGAACAAGUUCGCCGACCUCGAGGAGCUGUACGAUGAGCAGGACGUGGACAGCAAGCAGCUCUCCCUGCCCAAGGUCGACGCGGCCAUGUUCGCGGAGUUCGUGUGCUGGAUGACACACGGCAGGCUCAUGCCGUUCGAUGCCGAAGUCAUCCACUCGGACACGCGGCACUUUGGCGAAAACGCGUGGGUGCUCGGCCGGUUCCUGGAGGCGCCUGGGUUCCAGAAUUUCAUCGUCUGGGAGGACUGGCGCGUUCGGUGCCAGGAUGGGAAUGCGGCGAAUGCGUGGCCGUCGGUUGACAGUGUGAGGUUUAUCUACGGGCUCGGUGACGAGGAGACGAAUCUCAAGAGAUUUAUUGCCGAGUCUGUGGCUUGUAGGAAUCCGUUUGAGAAGUAUGGGGUGGAGGAUCCUGAGUAUAGUCGGUGGAGUGAUCUUUUUAGAGAAUUGCCUGAUCUAGGAUUAGAUGUAGCACGGGCAGCGGCGAAGAAGAGUAACGUGUUUCCUUGGGAUGAUACUAGAAUAAGUGAGUACAUGGAGGAAGAGCUGGAUCUGAACCGGCUGUGGGAAGAGCAGAUAUUAAAGCGCCGAAAUCUUGAAGAGAUCAAGGAAGACGCCAGAGGUGGGUGUAUUCGGAGCAUAAUUGAGUUGGAUCAUAUUAAUCACGACAAGGGACUGAACCGAGACGAAUAAUGAUGGCACUCGGAGAAACGGAACCAGGAGUUCGGCGUCUUUACUUAUUGUAAUCCAAUUGUUUCAAAGCAAAACCUUAAU